CACCCAUAUUCACUGCCCUCAAACUCCCACCAUCUCUCAAUCCCUUGCUGAUCCAUGUGGUUGCACUCGAAUGGACCACACAAGGUAUUCGAUGUGGACUACUAGAAUGAAAUCCAACGGUCUAUCCCAUGUCCAAUCCGCCACAACAACAGUCUCCUACUCCUACAAGGACUCUUGGGAAGAGCAGGCCUUUGCAGAAGACUCGGCUGGUGCUUUGGGAGGCUGUAUAUGGCCCCCGAGAUCUUAUACAUGUAGCUUCUGUAGAAGGGAAUUUAGGUCAGCCCAAGCACUAGGGGGCCACAUGAAUGUCCAUAGGAGAGAUAGAGCUAGGCUCAAACAAUCUCCCAAUACCCAUCUUGACCUUUCCACUCAAUUGGGUAUUCAAUACCCUCCUCAGGUUAGUACCUUGCCUUGUAACCCUAACCCUAACCCUAGCACUAAUGUUGUUGCCCCACCUCUCUCUCCUUCUAGGGCGUCGGCAUGGCCCGCCAAUGAAAACGGUAGCGAACACACUUUGAUUUCUCCUUCUUAUUCUUCAUCCCUGGUGCAAGACCACCUGAAGAGCUUUUCAUUUUCACCCCCUCAAUCUCUUUCAGUUAGGGGUCUUUGUCUGUCAAACUCGAAGCUGGAUGGGGAGAAUUUAAAGAUUGGAGAUAUGGGAUUUGGAGAUCAGACGGAUUGUGUUAAGCUGGAUUUAUCUGUGAGAUCAUUGGGGUUGGUUAGUCAGCGGAGUUGGACACCAGAUGACGAGGAAGAUAUCAUUAGCAAAAGGCGGAGAAAAGAUGUGCCAUCGCCUCUGUUCAUCAAACCUGAUCUGGGGGAAAGAAGGAUGAUCGACGUGCCGUUGCCGUUCUUCUUGAGGCCAGCUUCCCGUGAUAGACAUCACCUCCGAUCUGAGGUACUUGGACUUGGCCCUAGCCCAAUGGAGGAAUUAGAUCUUGAACUUAGGCUUGGUGACCGGCCCAAGGUUAAGUAGAAUUGCAAAACCCAUGUAGUCGAAUGAACAGAUGUUGCGUUUUUUUUUUUUUUUUUAAAUUUUAAUUUUAAUUUUUGUUCUUCUUUGCUUGUUUAUCUUAUGGCAAAGGCCUCUUUCCCUCCUUGAGAUACAUAGCUUGGGUUUUGUGUUCUCUUUAAUUUGCAGAUUGUAAAAAUAACAAUUUCAAUUAUCGUGUAAUAUGAUGGGAACAUAGCUUCUGUUCUAAAUUCCAAUAAUCUCUUUAAAUUCAUAACAAUUGAAAGAGAUAAGAGAUGGGAUUUAUCAUUUCCAUGCUCUUAGAUGUGACCAAGGAUGAUAUUUUUCUGGUAAAUUCCAUUGCG